AUGGAGCCGGCUGCCACUUUGCCAGUCUUUGAUGUGGAUCUGGAUGCGGAUCCGGUCGAGCGGUGGCGGAAUGUGGCCGAGGCAUAUGCCCCCGCGCUGCAGAAGCUCGCGGAGUGGCAGCAAUCGCUGGCAGAGGCGCCGCCCAGUCGCCGGAAAGGCCGCCGGAGGCGCAAGGAGGACCCCGAGCGGCGCAUCGCGCGCUACGCUGCCUCGGAAGCGCUGAGGCUUCUGCAGCAGAGUGAGGGUGUUCUCAGCGAGUUCCUGAGUGAGCUCCGGGGCGUGGCCUCUGCAGCGGCUGUGCCGCUCCAGGCGCUGGCGAGCUUGACGUUGCAGUACGAGGCCUACUGCGCCUGUACAGCGGUGGCUGCCCGUCUGGCAGAUGGCUCAGUUGCGCUGGCCCGUACCUUGGAUUGGGAAUUCCCCGAGCUGAAGGCGCUGAACAUUGACGUCCGUGUGCGAAGGGGUGGCCAGCUGCUCUACACAGCGACCACCUGGGCCGGGUAUAUCGGCCUGCUCACCGCCCAGCGCCCUGGCCACUAUGCCGUGGCCGUGAACUUCCGGGAGCAGGGCGAAGGCUCGGAGAGCACCGAACUGCCUUUGCCCGUGGGCCUGGCCGUGAGGCUGGCCCUCGAGCAGAGUCGUUCCUACAGCGACUUCGUGCAGUUCGUCGCCUCGGUUCCCUCCAUGGCGCCGUUCUACUGCCUGGUGGUGUCAGCGCUCGGCGAGGCCGUGCAGGUGACUCGGAACGCGCCGUGUGGGGAAGUGGCCAGGCGGGAGCUGGAGGAGUCUCCAUAUCUGAUCCAAGCCAAUAUGGAUCACUGGGACUCGGAUCCGGCCAACGACACGCAGCAGUCCCUGGUUCGCUGUCAGCUCGCCGAGUCCAUGUUGCAAGCUGCCGAAAAGCAGCGGGGUUUCCCGGAAGAGCCCGACCUCUGGGCAAUUCUCUGGAAGUACCCUAUCUUUGAGAAGGGCAUUACGCUGUACAGCAGUGUCAUGAACCCGGCGCAGGGCACCUUCCAGUCCCUCUCCGAUCCGCCUGAGGUUGAAGCUGCGGCACGUGCCGGUGGCAAGCAGAAGAAGAGCCGAAAGUGA